GACUGCGCACGCGCGCACGGAACGGAAUGGGGCCAGAGUUCGAGGCUUAGCGAGGGACGCCCGAAGAAGUGGUCCAGCUCCUGAGAUCUCGUUGCCAUAGCUACACGCGCUGCCGGAAGUGCUCCUCCAUGGUCCCGCCCAGCUCCCCGAGCCUCUCCGUAGCGCAGAGCUCGGGCUCCUGGGAGAGGCUCCUUGGCCGCUGAAGAUGGCGGACGGCGGGGCGAGCGCCGAGGAGCAGCAGCAGCAAGAGAAGGCGGAGGACGAGGAUACGGGACCCGGCACGAGCGGGAUGCGGCGGGAGAAAGGUCCCCGUGGAAGCGGCCGGCCCCCUACCGUCAGGGACCUGCAGCUGGCAUUGGCUGGAUUGUAUGAAGAUGAAAUGAAAAGACAACCGCCUCAUUCUGAGAAACCAACAGCUAGAGUGAGCAGUCAUCCGAGAUUACCAGUGCAAAGAAGCUUGCGAAAACCAGAAAGAAGUAUGAGUGAUGACAAGGAUAACAAAAGAUUUUAUUCAGGUGAUUCAGAAUACAGAGGGCUCAGUGUUGUUGCCUCAUCCAAUAAUAUAGCAUCCAGUAAAAUUGUCGCUGAACUUUUCAAAGAAGCAAAAGAACAUGGGGCAGUCCCAUUAGAUGAAGUAUCAAGAGCAUCGGAGGAUUGUCAUAAAGCUAAAUCAUUUUCUGGUGGUGGAUACAGACUGGGGAAGUCAACUAUGAAGCGCUCUGAAUAUAUCUAUGGAGAAAAUCAGUUUGGACAAGAUGUUCAAAUUUUACUUAAACUGUGGAGGAACGGUUUUAGUUUAGAUGAUGGAGAGCUGAGAUCAUACACGGAUCCCGUGAAUGCAGAGUUUCUUGAGUCUGUUAAAAGAGGAGAGAUUCCUGCAGAACUUCAACGUUUGGUGCAUGGAGGCCAAGUUAAUCUGGAUAUGGAAGACCAUCAGGAGCAGGAAUAUGUAAGGCCUAGAUUGAGAUUCAAAGCUUUCAGUGGAGAAGGCCAGAAACUUGGAAGCCUUACACCUGAGAUUGUCAGUACACCAUCUUCCCCAGAGGAAGAAGAAAAAUCCUUCCUUGAUGCUGUGGUUCUGAUCGAUGACUCUGUGCCAACAACUAAGAUUCAGAUUAGGCUAGCAGAUGGAAGUCGUUUAAUACAAAGAUUUAAUCAUACCCAUAGGAUUAUAGAUAUUCGGAACUUUAUUAUCCAGUCUCGCCCUUUGUUUGCCACCACUGACUUUGUGCUUCUGACUACAUUUCCACACAAAGAGCUUACAGAUGAAAGCCUGACACUACAAGAAUCAGAUAUUCUGAACACUGUGAUUCUUCAGCAGCUAAAGUAAAUCUUGAGCCUUUCAGUGCAAUAUCGCUUCUGUGAAUGGAUAAUGUUGCAUAUUGUUCCUCAAAAAUGCUUCCAAGGAGAAAGGG